AUGUUUAAUGGUCAGUCCCUCCCAGGGUCACAGUGUACUAAUGACAGUGACAUGUUUAAUGGUCGGUCCCUCCCAGGGUCACAGUGUACUAAUGACAUUGACAUGUUUAAUGGUCGGUCCCUCCCAGGGUCACAGUGUACUAAUGACAGUGACAUGUUUAAUGGUCAGUCCCUCCCAGGGUCACAGUGUACUAAUGGCAGUGACAUGUUUAAUGGUCGGUCUCUCCCAGGGUCACAGUGUACUAAUGACAGUGACAUGUUUAAUGGUCAGUCCCUCCCAGGGUCACAGUGUACUAAUGACAGUGACAUGUUUAAUGGUCAGUCCCUCCCAGGGUCACAGUGUAUUAAUGACAGUGACAUGUUUAAGGGUUGUUCCCUCCCAGGGUCACAGUGUACUAAUGACAGUGACAUGUUUAAUGGUCAGUCCCUCCCAGGGUCACAGUGUACUAAUGACAGUGACAUGUUUAAUGGUCAGUCCCUCCCAGGGUCACAGUGUAUUAAUGACAGUGACAUGUUUAAUGGUCAGCCCCUCCCAGGGUCACAGUGUACUAAUGACAGUGACAUGUUUAAUAGUCGGUCCCUCCCAGGGUCACAGUGUACUAAUGACAGUGACAUGUUUAAUGGUCGGUCCCUCCCAGGGUCACAGUGUACUAAUGACAUUGACAUGUUUAAUGGUCGGUCCCUCCCAGGGUCACAGUGUACUAAUGACAGUGACAUGUUUAAUGGUCGGUCCCUCCCAGGGUCACAGUGUACUAAUGACAGUGACAUGUUUAAUGGUCGGUCCCUCCCAGGGUCACAGUGUACUAAUGACAGUGACAUGUUUAAUGGUCGGUCCCUCCCAGGGUCACAGCGUACUAAUGACAGUGACAUGUUUAAUGGUCGGUCCCUCCCAGGGUCACAGUGUACUAAUGACAGUGACAUGUUUAAUGGUCAGUCCCUCCCAGGGUCACAGUGUACUAAUGACAGUGACAUGUUUAAUGGUCUGUCCCUCCCAGGGUCAGAGUGUACUAAUGACAGUGACAUGUUUAAUGGUCGGUCCCUCCCAGGGUCACAGUGUACUAAUGACAGUGACAUGUUUAAUGGUCGGUCCCUCCCAGGGUCACAGUGUACUAAUGACAGCGACAUGUUUAAUGGUCGGUGCCUCCCAGGGUCACAGUGUACUAAUGAUAGUGACAUGUUUAAUGGUCAGUCCCUCCCAGGGUCACAGAGUACUAAUGGCAGUGACAUGUUUAAUGGUCAGUCCCUCCCAGGGUCACAGUGUACUAAUGACAGUGACAUGUUUAAUGGUCAGUCCCUCCCAGGGUCACAGUGUACUAAUGGCAGUGACAUGUAUAAUGGUCGGUCCCUCCCAGGGUCACAGUGUACUAAUGACAGUGACAUGUUUAAUGGUCGGUCCCUCCCAGGGUUACAGUGUACUAAUGACAGUGACAUGUUUAAGGGUCAGUCCCUCCCAGGGUCACAGUGUACUAAUGACAGUGACAUGUUUAAUGGUCAGUCCCUCCCAGGGUCACAGCGUACUAAUGACAGUGACAUGUUUAAUGGUCAGUCCCUCCCAGGGUCACAGCGUACUAAUGACAGUGACAUGUUUAAUGGUAAGUCCCUCCCAGGGUCACAGCGUACUAAUGACAGUGACAUGUUUAAUGGUCGGUCCCUCCCAGGGUCACAGCGUACUAAUGACAGUGACAUGUUUAAUGGUCAGUCCCUCCCAGGGUCACAGUUUACUAAUGACAGUGACAUGUUUAAUGGUCGGUCCCUCCCAGGGUCACAGCGUACUAAUGACAGUGACAUGUUUAAUGGUCGGUCCCUCCCAGGGUCACAGUGUACUAAUGACAGUGACAUGUUUAAUGGUCGGUGCCUCCCAGGGUCACAGUGUACUAAUGACAGUGAUAUGUUUAAUGGUCAGUCCCUCCCAGGGUCACAGUGCACUAAUGACAGUGACAUGUUUAAUGGCCAGUCCCUCCCAGGGACACAGUGUACUAAUGACAGUGACAUGUUUAAUGGUCAGUCCCUCCCAGGGUCACAGUGUACUAAUGACAGUGACAUGUUUAAUGGUCAGUCCCUCCCAGGGUCACAGUGUACUAAUGACAGCGACAUGUUUAAUGGUCUGUCCCUCCCAGGGUCACAGUGUACUAAUGACAGCGACAUGUUUAAUGGUCAGUCCCUCCCAGGGUCACAGUGUACUAAUGACAGUGGCAUGUUUAAUGGUCAGUCCUUCCCAGGGUCACAGUGUACUAAUGAUAGUGACAUGUUUAAUGGUCGGUCCCUCCCAGGGUCACAGUGUACUAAUGACAGUGACAUGUUUAAUGGUCAGUCUCUCCCACGGUCACAGUGUACUAAUGACAGUGACAUGUUUAAGGGUCAGUCCCUUCUAGGGUCACAGUGUACCAGUGACAUGUUUAAUGGUCAGUCCCUCCCAGGGUCACAGUGUACUAGUGACAGUGACAUGUUUAAGGGUCAGUCCCUCCCAGGGUCACAGUGUACUAGUGACAGUGACAUGUUUAAGGGUCAGUCCCUCCCAGGGUCACAGUGUACUAAUGACAGUGACAUGUUUCAUGGUCGGUCUCUCCCAGGGUCACAGUGUACUAAUGACAGUGACAUGUUUAAGGGUCAGUCCCUCCCAGGGUCACAGUGUACCAAUGACAGUGACAUGUUUAAUGGUCAGUCCCUCCCAGGGUCACAGUGUACUAAUGACAGUGACAUGUUUAAUGGUCAGUCCCUUCCAGGGUCACAGUGUACUAAUGACAGUGACAUGUUUAAUGGUCGGUCCCUCCCAGGGUCACAGAGUACUAAUGACAGUGACAUGUUUAAUGGUCGGCACCUCCCAGGGUCACAGUGUACUAAUGACAGCGACAUGUUUAAUGGUCGGUCCCUCCCAGGGUCACAGUGUACUAAUGACAGUGACAUGUUUAAUGGUCGGUCCCUCCCAGGGUCACAGCGUACUAAUGACAGCGACAUGUUUAAUGGCCGGUCCCUCCCAGGGUCACAGUGUACUAAUGACAGUGACAUGUUUAAUGGCCGGUCCCUCCCAGGGUCACAGCGUACUAAUGACAGUGACAUGUUUAAUGGUCGGUCCCUCCCAGGGUCACAGUGUACUAAUGACAGUGACAUGUUUAAUGGUCGGUGCCUCCCAGGGUCACAGUGUACUAAUGACAGUGACAUGUUUAAUGGUCAGUCCCUCCCAGGGUCACAGCAGGCAAUGUUCAUGAAAGAUAUUGCUUGA